AUGUCGACGUAUUCCGAGCCUCUACUCCCCACAGCCGUCACUCCUACAAAUGCCUUCCCGCGGAUUUCGAAACCGGUAGAGCUUUUGCGACAUUCAUACGAUUGCGUUGUUAUAGGUUCUGGCUAUGGAGGCUCCGUAGCUGCCUCACGCAUGGCUCGAGCAGGCGAGUCCGUUUGCUUGUUGGAGAGGGGAGAAGAGAGAUGGCCAGGAGAAUACCCUACCACGUCGCUCGAAACAUUGAAACAGUAUCGAUUCAGUGGAGAUUUCACUCCCAGUUCCCUCGGUGGAUUUGCUGUAAACAGUGGAAACCCCACUGGCAUGUUCAAUGUCUUCUUCGGUCGCGAUCAGAGUGCUCUUCUUGGUAAUGGGCUAGGUGGUACGAGCUUAAUUAACGCCAAUGUAUUCCUCGAAGCGGACAAAGAUAUCCUGAAAAUGGGCUUUUGGCCGCCCGAAAUUCGACAAGACCCUACACUCCUGGAUAAUUACUACCAAAAAGUUAGAGAUGUGCUCGAGCCCGAACCAUAUCCAGAUAACUGGCCAACGCUAAAGAAGUCAGAAAUCUUUAGGGACCAAGCCCAGGUUAUAGGGCUAGGUGACAAGUUCCGCAAGGUUCCUCUGACAACGCGCUUCCGGCCUGGCCCUAAUAGCUCAGGGGUCAACAUGUCAGCGUCAACACUUACCGGACAGGACAGCACAGGCCUUAAUGACGGGUCAAAAACCACGACGCUGGUGACAUAUCUUGCCGAUGCAUGGAAUUGGGGUGCCGAAAUGUUCUGUAAGUGCGAGGUGAGGUAUAUUGAAAAGGUUCAGGAUGAUCGUGGCGGUUACUUGAUCUACUUUGCGUGGCAUGGUCGGGGCCGUGGCAGGUUCGCAGAGGAAAACACCAAUAGCGACUUGAUGUGGGUGCAUGCAAAGAAAGCCGUCUUCCUCGGUGCUGGUGCGAUUGGCACGACGGAAAUCCUGCUGCGGAGUCAACAGAUGGGCUUGAGCACGAGCGACUGGGUUGGCCGCGGAAUGAGUGGCAAUGGAGACGUGCUGGCAUUUGGACACAACUGCAAGCAGGAAGUGAACGCUCUCGGAAAGCCAUCGCCUGAUCCAAAAAAUCCCGUGGGCCCAACCAUUACCUCUGCCAUCGACAACAGGGAGGGUCUGGAGAAUCCGCUCAGCGGCUUCAUGAUCCAAGAGGGAUGUAUGCCACAAGCAUUUUGCCAGCUGCUACAGUGUGUGCUAGACCUCACGCCAGGUAGCCAUUCCCCUGACAUGUCGCUGCUUGAGCGAACUCGAGAGGCAAUGAGCCUGUGGAAGAGCAGGUUGCUUGGGCCGUUUUCGAACAAAGGGACCCUGGAAAACACGCAAGUCUUUCUCAUCAUGUCCCACGAUGGGAGUCAAGCAACUCUGAGUCUGAAAAACGACAGACCCGUUUUGGAGUUUCAAGGAGUGGGAAAAAGUGACCGUAUCAAGAGAUUCCAUGACAUUCUGGAGAAGGCAACAGAUGCCGUUGGCGGCACCCUGGUGUAUACUCCGCUUUACCACAUGAACAAACAACAGAUCACGGCUCAUCCUCUUAGUGGCGCACCAAUGUCGCGGGACAAUACUGGAGCAAAUGGCGCGACAAAUCAUAUUGGCCAAGUUUUUACCGGCAACAAUACCUCAGAGACUCAUCCCGGCCUCAUCGUGGUCGACGGAGCCGUCAUUCCUGCCUCUAUUGGAGUGAAUCCGCUUGCAACUAUUGCCGCCCUAGCGGAACGUACAGUCGAGGCGUAUGCCAGAGAGAACGGUCUAAUCAUCAACGAGAAGAAGAACGAUAUUUUGGAUCUCUUUGGGGAGCCAGCACACAAGCCAAAAGAUUGGCACUCGUAUGAGCCGGACCUAGGCUUUGAUUAUGAAGUGCCCUAUCAGCUGAGCAAAACCGAAAUGCUCAGACUCAAGAGCCUUGAAUUCACGGAGCUCAUGUCUGGCUUCAUUCACAAGACAUCACUAAAUGCGGCGGCUGAUGACAAGCCCGCAUAUGAAUCAGACUUUCGUGCUGGCAAAGGUCGGGGAGAGGUUGGCAGGCUGCUGAUCAGCGCGACAGUUCUUGAUGGCAGCUGGCUGAGGGAGGAAUCUCAGCCUAGCAGUAUGCUCACAGGCACAUUUGUCUGCCCAACAAUUGAGGGUUCGCCGUUUAUGAUAUCGAGGGGCGAGUUGGGAUUAUUCAAGAGAGCUCACGAAACCACAGGGAGCAGCAAAUUGACGUAUGAUUGUGACAUGACUGGUGCCAACGGUCGACGCCUUCGCCUCCGUGGGUAUAAAUUGGUUGACGCAUCUGUUUCUCUUAGCCCCCUCCAGAUGUGGCGCUCUACAACGACUCUCUAUGUUACGAUAACAGAAAAGGAUAUUCGAAAUGAAGAUUCCAAUGAGGAGCGCAUCGUUUGGCAUGACGAUAAAGUGGUUGCCAGAGGCAUCUUGAAUAUACACCCAAAGGACUUUGCCUCAGAGAUGAUGACCCUCUCUCCUGCUGGCAGCAGCCUUCUCACAAAGACCAUCAACAUGUCUAAAUUCCUGUCCUUCUUCGCAUCCAAGUCACUGUCACAUUUUUUGACGCCACUAGGCCCUCUCGAGUACCCAGAACAGGGGUUCGUCCCCUAUAUGAACUAUACGCCUCCAUCUCAGACAUACACCAUAAUCGCCAGCGAUGGUGUCGAAACCGAGCUCCACAUGUGGGAACCAAGCCCAAGCGCUGUUGCCACUGAUUCACGGGGCACUCCUGUCAAAAUUGAGAAUCUUUUCAUGAUUCCCGGCGCAUCUGUUGACCAUCAAAUAUUCUCAUUGCCGACUAUCCCGUUCAACGCCGUCAAUUACUUUACGCGCGCUGGCUACCGUGUUUUCGUGACGGUGCAUCGUAUUUGCCAGUUAAAGUCAACACGAGAACAGGACUGGACAACAUACGAUUCAAGGCUCGAUAUUAAAGCCUGCAUCAAGCAAAUUCGGAGGAUCUACGGUAGGAGCAAACUCUACACUAUUGCUCACUGCAUGGGAGCCGUCGCAUUUGCCAGUGGCCUACUUGAUGGGACUAUCCCAUCUAAGUGGAUUUUGGGAAUCACCUGCAGUCAGGUGUUUAUGAAUCCAAUAUGGAACACUAUGAACAUGAUCAAGGCCAGAUUGCCAUUGGGGUUGGACAAGAUAUAUUACUCGGUCUUGGGGAAUUGGUUGGAUUGCAGCACAUCGACUGCAGACUCUUUGGCCCAGCAAACUUUGAACCAGCUGUUGCGAUUCUGGCCGGGAACGAGAAAGGAGAUGUGCAAGAAUGCUGCUUGCCACCGCGCGACAUUGCUCUUUGGACGUUGCUGGAACCACCACAACCUCAACGAGGAGACGCAUCGAAACAUGGAUCGCUUUUUCGGCGGAGGUAGCAUGAAUAUGAUGAAUUCAUUGAAGCGAAUGGGUAGCCGCGGCUAUGUCAGCUCCAACGCGCCCGAGUACAUAGAAUUUAAUGAGCCAGAGCACAUUGAGCGGCUGCGCGGUAUUCCGAUCAUGUCUUUCAUUGGCCAAGAAAGCGGUGUCAUAUCCCCACGAGCCACGGAGAAGACGUACGAACGCCUGAUCGAUGCCUUUGGCAUAUCUGCCGGCCUCCCUGGAGGAGGCAUCCAGUAUCGCCGAAGAGUUGUGCCGGGCUACGGCCAUCUGGACUGCUGGAUGGGGCGCAAUGCAUGGAGAGACGUGUAUCCGUUUGUGCGCGAGGAGGUUGACCGAGUUGUUCGGGGAGAAUCGUAUCAAUUCCACCAACCAAAUGAUCGAUUCAAGUGUUUUGCGGAAGACCAUGAAGCGCAUUAA